UGGUCUAGGGAACUUGUUGUUGUGGUACAUGCAGAUGUACCUAAACCUAUUGAGGAAGGAGAAAUAUAAAACUGGUCGUCCGAGCGGUGAAUUUGUUUCGUAUCAUAUGUUCUCUGUGUAUACCUAGUGAUUGAAAAUUUUUUUUCAAACUUUUUGUCAUCAACUGCGUACUUGUAUUUUUAUUUUGGUAGCCGUAUCUUCGAAAAUUAUAAGAAUGAACUCCUUCGUAGCCCUCGUCAUCUUAUCAGUGAUCGCGUUAUCCAGCGCGUUCCCUCAACGAGAAGGAGCCUUCUUCACAAACGAAGCGAUCAGACAAGCUCAAAACACCCAACUGAUCCCAGCCGGAGCCCAUAUACAAAAAGUUCAAGAAGGAGUCGAAGUAGCCGCGUUCGAAUCCAUCCCAGGCAACGAACGAAUCAAUUUGUAUCAAAUUCUAAAAGACCACGUACCCGAAGAAGUAGUCAGCAAUUUGCAAAGCCAAGUCGACCAAGUUGGUAAAUCGUAAUUAUUGUGAACUUAGGUACCUAAUAAAGAGUCUACAUAUUUGGCAUUCGACCUUGCGAACUUUUUCAAGCACGUAGAAAGGUCGAAGUAUCUCAUUAUACUUUUAAAAUUAGUUUCCUGUGUGCAUUUUGGAUAAAUUUUCUCGCGAAAAAAUUUAUCUUCGAGGUGUAAUUUGUAACGCAUGUUUGAUGUUACUAUACGUUCUUCAUAAUAAUGUUUAUAUUCUAACCUGUUAUCUUUCUGCAUUGAAUUAUGUAUAUGUAUAGAAUUAUUAUUAUAAAUACACGGUAAUUUUUUUUAUACUGUAAA